ACAUAUUACGGGGAAUCGAUAUCCUGAAUCUAACCAAAACCUCUUGUUUGUAACAGUUCAAGUUCAAGUGUCAUUUUGAGCUGUUUUCCUGUGAUUCAGAGGAUCCCGAGCGGAAUAUUUGAAAACCAACAUAGAGCAACAAUAAAGUUGAAUAGAAAAAAAAACCCAAACAAACUUCCAUUCGUCAAGGAAUCACAUCAGCUUGCAAAUGCGCCGUUAGAAGCAGGCAGGCAGACAUGUCUCCCACCACAGCACCGCACCCUGGCCGAGAUAGGUCAAUCCGCCCGGAAAGACAUUGAAACAUAAAAUCCACAAACGCAUUCCUUAGAUACCGGCCUGUGUCCAUCCGCAAGAAGCCUAGCAUGGACAUCUUUUGAUGACUGACAUGGAAUGGAACCGGCAAACGGGAAGCACGUGCUAGGAAUUCAUUUCCGUUUAUCGGCGCGACGACAACACGUUGAUGCUUCUUUGUGCUUAUGAUAUUAUUUUUGAGCGAGUGUUUUUUUUUCUAUUUUAUUUAUUUGGGAUUCAGGUACAAGUUUUGAUAAUCUAAUUAAUGGCACUUGAGUUACGGCUUAUGAUGGGGGAUGAUAUAAAAAGUUCAUCUUCGGGAGCUAACUUUAUCAUUCGUUAUCAGUGUUUGUCAUUCAACAGACCGUUUUGUAGUGGAGAGUCAACAGUCAUAAAUCAGCACACAAACAUGAUGAACAGCAUUAUUCGCCUGAUUUCCAUCGUUGCCGUAUCCGUUGCCUUGGUUGCGGCCAAGCCAGCUCCGAAACCGGGCCUGAUUGCUGCUGCUGCUGCGUACAAAAGUAUUGGAUCGGAAGCGGUGCUCGCCCAGGAUGGUUCCGUUGCUUACGUUCUAGACACGGAUGUGCACCAUGACCAUCUUCUUCACGACGACUUCUAUCACCAUCCCGUUUCCGCCGAGGCGCUCGUCUACGACCACCAUUAUUAUGGGGACUUCCUGCCGGACGUCCAUGGUCCGGUGGCCUAUUCCCUGGAAUACGACCCAAUCCUGGUAAAGUGAUUUCCACUUCAUUUCUGGUGAAAUCGAAUAUCUGUGAUUACCUACCUGCUGUUCGGUGAACUUUCGAAAUAUA